UUGUUAGACUGCACAUUUUAUGGUUGAGUACAUUUAGAGCAAAAGUAAAGCAUAAGAAACAAAAGGUUGUGAUCACUGGUGUUCAGUUUAUAAUAAAAUAUUUUCUUUUAGCUGUAGUGGUCUUAUAUUCCUACAGUGUUUUCUUAAGCACAUAUAUCACGCCUAGGUUUACUGUGGUUGGAACAUGUUUUGUCUUAACUUAAGAAAUAUUUUGCAGUUGACUGACAGUGAAGUAAUGCAAGUCAUUGUUUAAAACUUAACUGCACACUGCUCAUGCUAAGAAAGCAAAGAAAGUACUUGUGAUAUGUCUGUGCUGGCUACUGCCAGUGGCGGAGUACUAGAGAAUUGGAAUACUCUUAGUUGACUCGGAAACCCCAAGUUACAGGGCAACAGGCAUAUUGUAUGGGAUCUCAGUGGUGUGUAUUUGACUGUGGGUCCUUCAUAAACCCUAAGAGACAACAAAGUUGUCCUGCCAAGUACAGACAAACACAGACGCCCAGGAGUCUGCUCAAGGUCUCUCCAACCACACAGCCCACUCCUUUUCCAACUUAGAUUCCGGCUGAAAGAGAGAGAGUUGAGGUAAAGAGAGAAACACAAGAGCGGGGUACGACCUCUUUGGUUUACAGUGAUUCGCUCAGGAAUGGGAUGACUUUUAGACUGCAUAAUUUUCCUUUUAAACUUUUCCUCUGUCUCUUGUUGUGGCCAAAUGGCCACGUCAUUAAAAGUUCCUUAUUUCUCAAGAUUAUUCUGAAGUAAUUGUAGCAAUGACAGUGUUUUUUUUCCCGACAUUAGUAAACAGAAUUAUAUUGAAGUUGUUCACUAAACAAUCUGUUUUUCUCUUUCUGUUUCUUACUUUAACAACACAAUGGUUUGUUCACUGCAAGGGAACAGAGCUACGGAACAAUGUGUCUGCCAUACAAUGAAUUGCAUGGUAACUUUCUCUGUGUCACUUUUCCUGUCAAAACAGGCAACGCAUCCCAACAUGCGGACGUACUAUUUUUGCUCUGACACAGCCAAAGAGAUGGAGUCUUGGAUGAAAGUAAUGACAAAUGCUGCACUUGUGCAUUCAGAGCCAGUCAAAAGGUUGGACAGGCUAAAAGUGGAGCAGUGUGGACCACAAGAGAUCAACCAUUUGGCCAACCACAGGCCGCCACUCACACAGCCUGAAAUCCAGAACAAUGAGCUCAACCGUGAGGUUGACCGUGAACGCGAUGCAGCAGUCACCUCCACCACAGCAGAUGAAGAGAGGAAGCAGAGAGACGCUGAACGCUACGGCUUCCAGAAGGAUGGGGCGGAGCCUGAGCGCCCACUCACCAAGAUCAACAGUAUCAAACUGCAGCCAGCACAGGCAGCAGCCAUCAAGGCUAACAUCACCUCCCCGCACACUCCGACAGAAAUGGAUGGGUCACACCGCAGCCCCCAGGUCAAUGGAUCUGGUGAGCAUUGUCCAGCUGAUGGGACUGGAGUCCCUCCUCAGGGAAGUCCCACCCAUGAGCCAGGCCGCACCCUGAGCAGGACCAGCUCUAUGCAGCAACUAGAGCAGUGGGUCCGCACACAAAGAGGACGCAACCAGGAUGAUGACACCAGGAGCAUUACGUCAUACCAGACACUGCCUAGAAACAUGCCAAGCCAUCGGGUACCCUAUAUGCCUCAUUAUGCCGACGGCUACUGCAGCAUGCCCAGAAAUAGCAUGGCACAGCGGGACAGUAUCUGCAGCAUGUCGCCAUCAUUGUACGACCAGGCCCUGGGUCCCUCGCCGGUUGACAAGCGCCGCUCCAUGCGCGACGACACCAUGUGGCAGUUAUUUGAGUGGCAGCAAAGACAGGCCUACACCAGGCCGCCGGGGCUCUACAGCAAUAUGGCCAGUCCCAAAACCAUGAUUAAUUUGUCAGACCAUGCUGCACCAAGCCACUCCAUCCCCCCCUCGCCCUCCCACGGCUCCCUGUCUAUGUAUGGUGGCUACUCUCCGAUGAGAUCCUACAACAUGAACAGUGCUCGUUCAGAGGUAUCCUCUCCCAUUUACAGAGGAGACAUGAGCAUUGACAGACGGCACAGGCCACAACUCAACAAGUAUGCCUACCCACCUGAUAGGAGGUCUAUGCCUGCAGGGAUCCCAGUCCAGACUAUCACUGCCCAAUCUCUCCAAGGCAAAACACCUGAGGAACUGACUCUGCUGUUGAUUAAGCUGCGGCGGCAGCAGGCAGAGCUAAACAGUAUCCGGGAGCACACUGUAGCACAGCUUAUGCAACUUAACAUGGAUGGCGACAACCCAAAGUUGAGCCCAGAAGAGUACAGGGAGCGCACCUAUACAUGUAUGCCAGAAGAAGUGGACAUUGAUACCAAACUUAGCAGGUUGUGUGAGCAGGAUAAAGCGGUGAGGACACAGGAGGACAAACUUCAGCAGCUGUACAGAGAGAAGCACACCCUGGAGACCGCACUGCUUUCAGCCAGCCAGGAGAUAGAGAUGGGCUCUGAUAACCCUGCUGCCAUGCAGAGUGUUAUCCAGCAGAGAGACUUGCUGCAGAGCGGCCUGCUCAGCACCUGCAGAGAGCUCUCCAGAAUUACAGCUGAGUUGGAGCAGUCAUGGAGGGAGUAUGACAAGCUGGAAGGAGAUGUGACUCUGGCUAAGAACAAUCUCCUGGAGCAGCUUAAAGCAUUGGGAAGCCCUCAGACGGAGCCUCCCAGCCAACAGCACGUCUGCAUCCAGAAAGAACUUUGGAGGAUUCAAGAUGUGAUGGAGGCCCUCAAUAAACAUAAAGCUCAGAGAAUUGCAGAUGGUAUAAACUUGUAUGGGCUCAAGAACAACUUCAGCAAGCAUGAGGAGGAGGACUUGGUACCCCCACGGCCACCCCUACCCCAGUCCUAUGAGCCCAACCCCCCCAACGUGCCCCCUAUGCCCUUUCAUGCUGGUGUGCGGCCUUCAUCACUCCACAGGCCGGAGGACAGGAAGGCCAAUCACAGGAAUGGCACGCACAGCGGCCCAGACUACAGGCUGUACAAGAGUGAACCAGAGCUCACCACAGUGGCCGAAGUGGAUGAGAGCAAUGGAGAGGACCGAUCUGAACAACCGUCUGAUAGAGAACACUCUGGAAACAAAGGGCUGUCCUACCCAGUUGGUAUUGUCCCACCCAGGACCAAAUCUCCAGUAUCUGAGUCUUCCUCCAUAGCUUCAUAUGUUACCUUAAGGAAGAGCAAGAGGCCUGACCUCAGGACGGGAAGUCUAAUGGAGCGUCCACGCAGCGCGGUAGAGCAGCAGCUGUGUGCUGUGGAGAGCAGCCGGCCCAGGAUGAGCGUGGAGGAGCAGCUGGAGAGGAUUCGCCGCCACCAGCAGGGUGCCCUCAGGGAGAAAAAGAAAAGCCUCCAUAUCCGUGGUAGCAACCAGGAGAACACGCCAUCUCGCAGUCACUCAUUUACUAAAGAAAACCAUUUUCGCAGCAUGCAGUCCCCUAGGCGCAGAGAUGAGGGGAUAAGCAGUGACAUUCAGGAGCUGGAGGCCUCACUAAGGCAGCAGGAGGUGGUGAGCGAGCAGGAGACACCCGCCGAGGAGAUUGCCCGUCUCAAAGAAGCCGAGGCUGACCACUUAAAUGUGGACCGAGAGCUUUCUGUGCCUGACAAAGUGCUGAUUCCUGAGCGUUAUGUGGAAUCAGACCCCGAAGAGGCUCUGAGCCCUGAGCAGGAGGCUGAUAAGCAGAGGAAAGUUGAUCGCAUCAAAGCCCUCAUAGCCAAAAACAGCAUGCAGAAUGUGCUGCCUAGUAUGGCUCUAAGCCCAGAGGAGGAGACUGAAGUGGAGGUUACCGUACAGGAGAAAGAGAAGAUGAUUAAUAUCUCCUACGAGCUGGCAGCAGAGGCAUCCAAACGCAGCAAGCUUGUAGCAGUGAAAAGCCUGUCGUCAUCUUCCCCACCCCUAUCACAGUCUCCUAACACACACCCUCAACUCACUGAUGGGUCUCACUUCAUGUGUGUGUAGUAGCACCACACAGGCUCUGGCCUCAGUGAAAACCUACACAUGAAGGAAAGAGCAGUGGAGGUGUAAAGAUGCUCCUGAAAACUUCCCCAGGGACAUCAGCACAAGGCCACGGCCUACAGAGAGAGAAACUGCCUACUCCAUAUGCUCACUGUGACGUCUUAAGCUCUUAUGCCACUUACACAAUUUCUCUGUGACAUUUCUGUUAUUUCCCCUCUUUGGGGUGCCACCCAAUACAGCUUUGAUACCGUUAUUGUUGCAGUUCUAUUAUCAGUUUUUACAAGGUUUUUAAGGUUAUUUUCAUUAUUUAUAUGGUUUUAUUAGGUUCUUGUUUGAAUCUAUAUAUAUAUAUAUAUAUAUAUAUAUAUAUAUAUAUAUAUAUAUAUAUAUAUAUAUUGAGGCUAAUAGACUGAGCUCUGUUUUGAGCCUAAGGGCCUGUGACAAACCGUUUUUGCCACAUUUUUCAUACACGUUUCAGUACCUGUCCUAAAAGGUUUCAAAAACAUAUUUUGACAUAAUUUCAUCUCUCGCUUAAGUCUUUUUUAUAAGUCACUCAGUUUGUUUUUCAGACAUCGGUUAUUAGCUAACCAUUCAUAUUUAUCCAUUUAUUGUAAAGAACAUUUGUCGAUAUGAAAGUUGAGUUUAUAAGAGAUGUAUCCAUUAUAAUGAAAGGAGGAGACACUUUAUUGUGGCAGACAAAGAUUAUUUGUUAUUUCUCCUGUUUCUGGGUUGUAAUUAUUUAAAAAUGGGAUUUUCUGCAGUCCCUGUCGCAUUGUUGCCGACACAUAUGUGAAUGUUUAAGUCACUCUAUACUGUCUUUUUUUUUUUAAUUUUUUUUUUUUUUUUUUAUUGCUGAGAGAUAUAUUUAAACAAAGAAGGAAAAACAAUCAGAGUUUGGUUCUAUUUUAUGACAUGUUGGUUUGAAGUCUUUAAACUAAAAAAAAAAAAGGAUUAGCACAUGUAAAAAAAAAAAAAAAAAAACCUGUGGAUCCAGGAUUUUACUUUGUGUGUACAAAGUGUAAUUAUCAGAGGUCUACUGUGUAUAUAAUGUACAUGGUACAAAAGGAUGGGAGGAUGUAUCCAACAUAUGGUUACAUACUAGAUUUGAUUUGCAAAUGUUCAUAUUCCAUCUGUUUUAUAUCAUGUUAAAUAAAUGUUGCUGUUCUUAACAA